AUCGGUGAUCGAAGAAGAGCUUCCGAAAACCCUAGGUUUUUGGUUUUGAUAGGAGCUGAACAGUUCCAAAGUUUUGAUCUUUUUUUUUUGUUUUAUUUGACGAUGGCGACAUCAGUGGGGGCUGCGAACACUGCGGUUGUGAAGGAUCCGAAGCUUCAGCUGCAGAGGUUUCAUGGUUUGAGGUCUUCUGGUUUGGUACCUUUAAGAAGAAGUGUACAUAUCUUACCGGUUUCGGCAUCGAAGUCUUCUUCUCUUGUGACCGCUGUCUCGACUCCAAUAAAGCCAGACACCUCUGCUGAGACUAAACGUAGCAAGGUUGAAAUAAUCAAAGAGAAAAGUAACUUCCUGAGAUAUCCUCUCGAUGAGGAGCUGCUGACAGAAGCAUCAAAUGUAAAUGAGAAUGCCACACAAGUGAUCAAGUUUCAUGGGAGCUAUCAACAAUACAAUAGAGAAGAUCGUGGUCCAAAAUCUUACUCAUUUAUGCUUCGAACAAAGAAUCCAUGUGGUAAAGUCCCAAACAAACUCUACUUGGCUAUGGAUAAUCUUGCAGACCAGUUUGGAAUUGGAACUCUUCGCCUGACAACCAGACAAACAUUUCAACUACAUGGUGUUUUGAAGAAGAACCUUAAGACCGUGAUUAGUACGGUUAUUAAAAGUAUGGGCUCAUCUCUUGGUGCGUGCGGUGACCUGAACAGAAACGUUCUUGGUCCUGCGGCACCAUUUACAAGGAAAGAUUACUUGUUUGCCCAGGAGACUGCAGAUAACAUUGCUGCACUCCUAACUCCUCAGUCAGGUGCUUACUAUGAUCUAUGGGUUGAUGGGGAGAAAAUUAUGUCAGCUGAGCCUCCUGAAGUUGUGAAGGCUCGUAAUGACAAUUCUCAUGGGACAAACUUUCCUGAUUCCCCGGAGCCCAUUUACGGCACCCAGUUCUUGCCAAGAAAGUUUAAGUUUGCAGUAACUGUACCAACUGACAACUCAGUAGAUAUUCUCACCAAUGACGUUGGCGUUGUUGUAGUUGCUGAUGCUAAUGGGGAGCCUCAGGGUUUCAACAUUUAUGUUGGUGGUGGAAUGGGAAGAACACAUAGGGUGGAGGCGACAUUCCCUCGUCUAGGAGAACCACUGGGAUAUGUGCCAAAGGAGGAUAUAUUAUAUGCUGUCAAAGCAAUUGUUGUUACACAACGAGAAAAUGGGAGAAGAGAUGACCGAAAGUAUAGUAGAAUGAAAUAUUUGGUCAGUACAUGGGGGAUAGAGAAGUUCAGGAGUGUUGUUGAGCAAUACUAUGGGAAGAAAUUUGAGCCUUUCCAGGAGCUACCGGAGUGGAAAUUCAGGAGCUAUUUGGGAUGGCAUGAGCAGGGUGAUGGCAGUUUGUUUUGUGGUAUCCAUGUUGAUAAUGGUCGUAUUGUUGGAGCAAAGAAGAAGGCUUUAAGGGAGAUAAUUGAGAAGUAUAGCCUGAAUGUGCGUCUCACACCAAACCAGAACAUAAUCUUGUGCGAUAUUAAUACUGCAUGGAGGCGGCCGAUCUCAACAGUUCUUGCACAGGCUGGACUGGUGGAUCCUAACUAUGUAGAUCCCCUCAACCUGACUGCAAUGGCAUGCCCAGCAUUUCCACUUUGCUCACUGGCAAUAACUGAAGCUGAGCGGGGAAUACCUGACAUCCUUAAGCGGGUUCGGGCUGUAUUUGAUGGGGUCGGUCUCGAAUACGAUGAAUCAGUGGUGAUAAGGGUAACCGGAUGCCCCAAUGGAUGUGCCCGCCCAUACAUGGCUGAGCUUGGAUUUGUUGGUGAUGGACCAAACAGUUACCAGAUUUGGCUUGGGGGGAAACCAAACCAAACAUCUCUGGCACAGACCUUCAUGAAUAAGGUGAAAGUUCAAAACCUAGAGAAGAUUUUGGUACCAUUGUUCCACAGUUGGAAAUGUGAACGGCAACCAAAAGAAUCAUUUGGUGAAUUCACUACUCGUAUGGGUUUUGAAAAACUCAAGGAGAGAGUUGAUAAGUGGGAAGGUCCAGUAGCUGUAUAAGGAGACACAUGAGGCGAUGGUCCAAGUGGCUAAACUGC